AGCAUCAAGGUUGUAGGAGCAGAAUUUCAGUAUCAAAGCACAAGCACCAUUUGGAGUCAUUAAAAAUAACGUCAAAACUAGAUCACAACUUGACUGUAACUGAAUAAAAAUACCUACGUUUAUUUUAUGUUGUUAAAGUAUUUUUUUUAAUUAAUAAUGCUGCGGAGGAGAAUGUGUUACGUCGCACUGGUUUUAAUUUUAUACGUGUAUGAAAGUUCGCAACUAUCGUACGGCGAUAUCGACAAAAAACAUUACCUCGUGUCAGAAGCCUACAAUUUGUCCAAAAUGAUCUUCAACCGAGGCAGAAAUAGUUAUAACGAACUCAAGAAAAAAUCAUUAGACACAAUCGACACAUUUCUAGAUUUGGUGAAGAUUAUGAACGACAUUAUGGGACGAGAGUUGCGGGGCGCCAUUGUGAAGUUUUAUAAAAUAAAGUAUUUUCAUGAUUUCACGAAUUAUAUGAUAUCGAUGGAGGAGAUAGUAAACAUUACAGAACAUUGCCUAAUAGAGCCGCUGGAAAAGCUAGCAGACCUCAGGGACCAGUUUCACGAUGUCAUCAAGAACUUUGAGGAUGUCCGGAACUUUGACUCUGUAAAUAAAUGCAAUGACCAGUUGCCCGAUGAGGUUGCUACAGCACAUUGUAUUCUUCACCAAGCUGUGUUAUUCAACGAAGUAAUGAAACAAAGCCUGGGCACCAUAGUGACGGUGAAGACCAGACAACACGCUCAAGAUAUGAACGACACUAUUUACAACGUACAAACAUGCCUCAACAACUUCGUGCCGAAGUUCUUCGACCAACUCCUGAUCGAUGUUUACACAGACGAAUGCGAGUAUUUAAAGGUGGUGAACGCGUCAAUCACGGACUUGAUGAAAGACAAGGCCAACGUGACGCACUUCCCGAGCAAGUGGAAGCGGUUAACGGAUCUGCUGAAAACCAAACUAAAAUCUCCGAGCCAUGUGUUAAAUCAGCCAAUCUUUGCAACGAUAUUCGCCAUCGUCAAUAAUACAAGUGACGAUGCCACGAGAAGACUUUUACACUAGAGGGCGCCUGUAGUUUCUUAUUCUUAGGGAAAUAAUUGGAAAUCAAUAGGGAGUAUUACUGCAAUAUUCUGCCACCAGAGUGCAGCACUAGCACACAUUGUAGAGUAAGAGGGUAUUACUGCAAUGUUCUGCCGCCAGAGUGUAGCACACACACACACAAAUAUUUAUUUAUGGUUAGCACAUCCUAAACCAUAGAGUAACUUAUACAUACUAUGCCAUAAACAGUUUUUUUGACAAGUUUUCACUAUGACUUUGAUGCGUCAAGGCGGUUUGUUUACAUAGUCUACCGUGAAACUCGAAAAUGCGUUAUCUGCCUCUUUAUUGCUCGAAUAUGCAAGUGAUAGAGAGGCAGAUAACGAAAUUUCGAUUUUCGUGUUUCAAGGAAGGCCCUCAGUAUGGGCUAAUGGCGCCCCCUACGCAGUUUUGCGUAAUAUGCCCUAUUUAAAAUACUUAGCUAUUUGUGUAAAGAGGGUUUUUGCUGUGAGUGCUAAUAUUUGAAUCCUGAGCAAGCGAAUGAUUCUAUAAUAGAAUCACAAAGCGAUAAAAGUGU